UCCCUCUACAACGCAACCAAACAGUCAAACUACUCCAUCUAACUUCUAACACACACACACAUGGCUUCCAUCUAGCUUCCAACCAAAACCCACGUCUCCAAUGGCUAUUCUAUGCCUAAUCUUCUUCUUUCUGAUCUCUUUGCCAACCCCAUCGGCGGCCGGCAACGACACGUUGACGGCAUACGAAGUUCUUGAAGAAUAUGGCUUCCCAGUAGGCAUUCUUCCCAAAGGCGUAUUGGGCUACGAACUGGACAGUUCAACAGGUAAAUUCUCAGCGUAUCUGAACGCUACCUGUACUUUUUCCAUCGAUUCUUACAAGUUGAAGUACCAGAAGACGAUAACGGGAGUGAUAGCCGAAGACAAGAUCACAAGCUUGAGUGGCGUCAAAGUUAAGGUACUGCUGUUUUGGAUCAAGAUUGUGAAAGUGACUCUUGUUGAUGAUGAGCUUGAAUUCUCUGUUGGGAUCGCUUCCGCAGAUUUUGCAGUCAGUAAUUUCGAGGAGAGCCCUACCUGUGGAUGUGGGUUUGAUUGUGUUAGCUUGAAAGGAAGGAAGAUUAAGCCCACGUCUAAUCUUGUGUCAUCUUCUUAAGUGAUCGAGCUUAAGUAAAUUAGUUCGAGCUUUAACAUAAAUAAUAUGAUUACCAAUAACCAGAUUGGCAAUCUGUAUACUUUAAUUGUCUUGAUGUUCAUGCAUGAUAUAUUUAUCUUUGAUCUCUGAAA